GAGCGGCUUUAGGACCCCGCGGAGCGCGUCAUUGAAGCACAUGGUCCCUACUCAUAAGACAACACUUCUCGCCAGUAAUUGCCCAUGGAAUUGAUGUCAUUCCAGUGGGCGACUGACACAGCGGCGGCUCCUGCUAUUUGUCAAUGUUUUCGUCCUUGAUUCCUCCCUCAUUCCUCACUUUUUGUGCGCGAAGCAGCCUCCGACUUCUUUGAAUGGGGGGGUGAAAGUGCGCGGAGUUGGAUCAGCUGUCAUCGGGAUUUCCCUCAAGCACGGCUCAUAUCUUGCCGCUUGAUCAUAUUUCAGGAAGUCUGCUUCUUCUAUUUUUUUUAUUAUUUUGGGGAGGCUCCUGCACAUCAGCUGUUGUCGGACUGUGAUUGUAUGAUGGUUGCGCCGCAGUGAAACAGUUGGCCGGUACCAGUCCACGCUUCAUCAUCAUGAACCCCGACAGCCGGUGUCUGAAGUUUGUUAUUUUGGCAGCACUUCAGGCUUUAACUGUCUCUCUGUCGGUGUGUGACAGGGUGAUCUCCAGAUCUGUGGAAGGGAGUCUUUUGAGCACGAGUGUUCAACACAGACCAAAGCAGAAACACUAUGGGACUACUGUACCUCUGCAGCUCGUUGGACAAGACUGGAAACCAAUCAGCCAGCUCAAAUCCCAGAGCCACCCUGCAUCACUGAAGCUCCUGAUUGAGGCGGAAGGUGAGCAGCUGCUCCUGGCUCUGGAGAAAAAUGAGGGGCUGUUUGCAAGUAACUAUACAGAAACCCAUUACCUGGAAGAUGGCAGCGCGGUCACAGGCCCUCCCAACUUCACGGCAAACUGCUACUACCACGGUGAGGUGGAGGGUCAUGUCAACUCGGAUGUCAGCCUCAGUACCUGCGCUGGGAUUAAGGGUUUUAUAUCUCUUGGAGGCAGAUCUUACGUACUGGAACCUCGUGCUGAUCACUCUGAUGGGACUCACUGGAUCUACACAGCUGAACACCUCAAUUUUGCCCCUGGCACCUGUGGCCAUGAUUUCAACAUAUCCUAUCCCACUUCGAAUGCAGACAGCAGUCCAUUCAGGGCCUUCAGCACAAGGCAUAAACGCCACGUCCAGACGACGACCAAGUACGUGGAGCUGAUCAUCGUGGCUGACAACAGAGAGUUUCAGAAGCAAGGAAAGGACAUGGAGAAGGUCAAGCAGCGGCUGGCAGAGAUCGCCAAUUACGUGGACAAGUUCUACAGGGCUCUGAAUAUCCGAGUGGCUCUGGUGGGCCUGGAGGUGUGGAGCGAUGUGGACAAGUGUCCCAUCACCCAGGACCCCUUCACCACCCUGCACGAAUUCCUCGACUGGAGGAAGGUCAAGCUGUUGCCUCAGAAGCCACAUGAUAACGCCCAGCUGAUCAGUGGGGUGUAUUUCCAGGGCACCACCAUUGGCAUGGCUCCCAUCAUGAGCAUGUGCACAGCGGAGCAGUCGGGAGGAAUCGUAAUGGACCAUUCGGACAACCCUCUGGGCGCUGCAGUCACUCUGGCUCAUGAACUUGGGCACAACUUUGGAAUGAACCAUGACACACCAGAACGGGGGUGCGGGUGCAGAGUUACAGUGGACCGAGGAGGCUGCAUCAUGACUCCCUCCACUGGGUAUCCAUUCCCCACGGUGUUCAGCAGCUGCAGCAAGAAGGAUCUCACGGCCAGUUUUGAGAAAGGCGUCGGGAUGUGUUUGUUCAACAUGCCAGAGGUCAAAGUGCUCUAUGGUGGGCAGAAAUGUGGCAACGGCUACGUGGAGGAGGGCGAGGAGUGUGACUGCGGAGAGCUGGAGGAAUGUGUGAAUCCCUGCUGCAAUGCUACUACCUGCACUCUGAAAGGGGACGCUGUGUGUGCACAUGGACAGUGCUGCCAGGACUGCCAGCUGAAGCUAGCAGGCACACCAUGCCGUGAAUCCAGCAACUCCUGCGAUCUGCCAGAGUUCUGCACCGGCACCAGCCCUCACUGCCCCUCCAACGUCUACCUGCACGAUGGCCACGCCUGCCAAAACGUGGACGGCUACUGCUAUAAUGGCAUUUGCCAAACUCACGAGCAGCAGUGCAUUACACUGUGGGGCCAAGGAGCCAAGCCAGCUCCGGGCAUCUGCUUUGAAAGGGUGAACUCAGCAGGAGACCCUUAUGGCAACUGUGGCAAGGACUCGAAAGGGUCCUUUGCCAAAUGUGAAGCACGAGAUGCUAAAUGUGGCAAAAUCCAGUGUCAAGGAGGAGCUAACCGCCCAGUAAUUGGUACCAAUGCUGUUUCCAUAGAAACAAACAUCCCCCUGCAGGAAGGGGGAAGGAUACUGUGUCGAGGUACACAUGUCUACUUGGGUGAUGACAUGCCCGACCCCGGCCUGGUCCUGACGGGGACCAAGUGUGGAGAUGGAAUGAUGUGCCUGAAUCGUCAGUGCCAGAAUGUCAGUGUUUUUGGUGUGCACGAGUGCGCAGCCAAGUGCAGCAGUCGAGGGGUGUGCAACAAUAACAAGAACUGUCACUGUGAGGCUCACUGGGCGCCUCCCUUCUGUGACAAGACGGGUUUUGGAGGGAGUGUGGACAGUGGACCCAUCCGACUGGCAGACAGUGGGAAUCUGACGGUUGGCAUCCUGGUGGCUCUCCUCACCGUCCUGGGAGCUGCUCUCAUCAUCUGCAUCAAAAGGAAAACUCUGCUGGGCCUGCUGUUCACCAGCAAGAAGAACCCAAUCGAGAAGCUCAGAUCUGUAAGCGCUUCAAUCAGCGGACCGUUGCCUCCUACCCAGCCUCCUCCUGCGAGCACGACGUCUCCAUCUCGACCGGCGCCGCCUCUGCCACCCAGUGCCACCAUCUUCAAGCCUCCUCACCGGGGGCCGGAGUCGGGGCUCCCACCGGCCCCCUAUCCUUCCCACAGUCUGCGCCGGCUGCCCCAGUGCCCUCCAGUUCACCUCAGCCACCCGGUCCCCCUGUCCCUCACCCUGUCCCUCUCCUCCCCCGGCCCCUCCCAGCCGAGACCCCCGGUACCUCCGCCUCACCGCGCCCCUCCUCCUCACAUCCACGUGGCGUCCAGGGGGGCGUCGUUCCGCAGUGCGUCACACCACAACUCCUGCAGGAUGGUCAUGGAGUUGGAGAAGCCCAGUCCUCCUCAGAAACCUCUACCUGCAGAUCCGAGGAGCUCUCGACUGGUGCGAAGUCCCUCCGUGGUGCAGGGCCACACUGUAAUCCAGGGGCCUUCUGCACCAAUCCCCCGACCAGUGCUGCGUCCCGUCCCACAUCCCAACAGGUCGAGUCCCAAGCAGCCUCCAACUCUACCAAAGCCUUGCAUAAUCGCCAACGUCAAAUACAGCAGCUGAGACUUUGGCCACAAGGGACAUUGUUGUGAUGAAAACACACAUGGAAAACUAUUUUUUGCACUAUGAAAACUCUGAAAACCUUAAAAAAGAUGGUGGCUUCUGCGAGUUUUUGACUCCGCAGAUCUGCCGUGUCCCUUUUGGUGCUCUGUCUCUGAAUGGUGCUACGAGUCUGAGCUCAGGUACAUGUAAAGUAUUUAUAUUGUGUAUUUAUUGCCACGCAGUGCACUGUGCCAGACACUUUUACUACACGGUAGCAACUUUUGAAUUUUUUGAUUAGCUGUUUUAAUUUCUCUUUUUAUUUUUUCAUAUCAACUGAUUUAUGAAGGAGAAUGACUGGAGACUUAAAAAAAACAAACACGAUCUGUGAAAUUGCGAUUGCAGGAAUGUUUUUGUGUUUUAAUGAAGGGAACUCUUCACAUUAUAGUUUUGUUCUGUACAUGGAGAAUUUAAAUGUGCAAUGACAGAUGAGAGCUUCAGACAGCAUUUCGGAACCCUGUGGGGCUUUAUUUUCUUGAAGGGUGAUGUUCUCGGUAGCAAGUUUGAGCCAGUCUGACGAGGCUUGAAACAACCACAGAGGAAAGAUUUUCAAAAAAAGAAGUGGUAUCACUGCAUCGGUUGUGCGAUUUCUUCUGCAAUCAGGCUGGUUUUUCAUUAACGUUACGGAAAGGUAACAAACCGAAUUGUGAAAUGCCACUGGUUUGCCAUUUCCUUUUCAUUAACAAGACCCAGGAAGCUUACUUGAGGGAUGUGAGGUAUGAACCGAACACAGAUCUGAAAAUGAGAUGAAGGAAGUUUUCAUCCCUCGGAGAACUUCUCGGAAAUAUUUGCUCUGCUAAAGGUCAUGCGUGUUCUCCGUAUUUCCCCUCUUCGCCUGUUUACACCGAGGACUCUGAUUAAAUCAUGGAAUCGCUGAGGACUUUCUUAAAGCUGUACUCACAUGUAAACACUCGCUGUCUGGCUACAGUACUCAUAAGAGGAUUUUAAAUCGUGUUUUUCUGACAGGAAAUGACAUUUCUUGUGGCAGUUGUUCAUUUUCUAGUUUUUUUUUU